GCCUUCUUUCUACCAAUCACCCAACCGCCCUCCGUACCAAACCCAUUCACCUUACAACCCACAUCAAAACACAUAUGAUGAUGACUUCCAAGUCAACAAUGGGUCAGACUACUAUCCCUACCAUGAGGAAACACCAUAUGAUACCCCGUCUAGAAACUUUGGAUAUUCUCCGUACCAAGAUUCUGAUGGGGAUAAUUAUUAUGAACCUCAUGGUGACCAAUAUGACUAUGACCAAUUUGGGCCUAUGUGCGACGAUCAACCUGAUCCACUCGUCGAAGAAAUCCUAAGAUUAGAACAGAAAAUCUUCUAUUUCGACGAACUUUUAUUCACUGAAGGCUCCUGGUAUGAACCACCCUACUCCCGUGACUACACUUUGUUUGCUGAAGAGCAAAUUGAAGCAAACAAGGUGGCAAUUCGAGAAAGAGCAAAACUUCUUGAGUCAGUCCGGAAGGAAAAGGAGUUUGAGAGGAGAUUAUGCAAAGGAUCAGAAUUGAUGCAGAAAAUGCUGGAUGACUUUCAAAGAGAGAGACUAGAAGCUGAGGAUAAAGUUGAUAAAAUAGUCAAUGAUCUCCGCAAGGCUAUUGAGCUUAAACGCUCCCUCCAACCUCAAGAUCCACAAUUGGAGGAAGUUAAUGCUCAAAAAGAGGCUCUAGAACCUAAGACCAACCCUGAACCCAUCAACCAACAGGUUCCAGUUCUAGAAGAUUCACCCAGACUAACACUACCACAGAUACCCGAGAGCAUAACAACUCUCGCUAGGGCUACUGUGGUGAUGUUACCUGAAUACCCUCCUAGCCAAGUCCUAACCAGCAUAGUCGUACAUGAGAUGGAACCAACUGGGGGACCUGACUCAGAACCACCUACGCUCAUUCAAGAAAAGGAGGAGGAAGUUUUGCCUACGGCAAUAAACGACCAUCUCCUUAAUUGUGUUGAAGACACACCUCCGGAGGAACCUGUUCUGGAGGAAGUAGAGCCCACUACCUACCCCCAAGAUUCCAACGUUCAAGAGUCAGAGGAGGAAUCUAUAGACGGAGAAAUACCUAGCACAAAGGAACCAAUAACGUCUAUAGAUAAUCAUGCUUCAUCAGAAGACUUAGAUCAAACUUUCUUUGACUCCCUACUUGACGGGUGUGACUAUGUCUGCCCGAAUGAUGGUUGGAGCCAAAAUAGUUGGGAUGAACUUCUGGUAAGUGACACUGAAGACUCAUCCAUGGGGAAAAGCACGGUCAUAAUCAUCAAACCAAAAAUGAAUGGUCAUCCUGUUGAAGACAAGGAAGAAAUCAAUUUCGCAUUGAAGGCUAACGAUGUGGAUCAACUGAGGAGACUUCCGCCACCACCCACCUAUACAAAGUCUCCUCCAUAUAUCCUGUUGCCACCAAGCCGCGGGGAUGAGUCAAGGAUCAUGGACCUUGACCGAGCAACAAAUCAAACAAGGUGGCAUCAGAAGAGAGUCAAAAGGGCCAAACUUUAUGACUCUCGAAUCGGAAGGUCGCGGAAAAAGUGGAUGGAUGUUGCUUGGAUGAUUCCGCAUGGAAACCGCCGCACAUUACAGAACCUGGAAGAGCUCCCCUUGCACUCAGAAGAAGCAAGGAAGAAGUUUCUCACUUGGGGGAACACGAAGAUGCUCCAGCCUCCCAUGGUGCUAGACCCUGCCUACCUGGAUGAACUAGGGCACUGGCAGGACAUUGACGAGUUUCUGUACAACCCAAAAUGGAGGAUCCUGCUGUUCCUGCAAGCACCAGCAAGCCUGGAAGUCACCAUCGAGUUUCUUUGCUCUCUCCGCUUCCAAAAUGACGGAGAGGAAGUAAAGUCAACAGCUGAAGUCACCUCCACCACCAAGGUCACAUUCACUCUGAUGGGUCGACUGCUGAGCCUUACCGUGGCAGACUUAGGGUGGCUGAUUGGUCUUUACACACUAGACGAAACGCGGAGCUUGGCCUUUGCUAAUCUGCCCGACCAGUUGGAUCCGGAGUUCGAUGUUAAGAAGUUCUGGCAAGCUCACGGGUAUGGACGAUAUCACAGUGGAGCAAGCAUAGCUAGGAAUUGGGUGCGUCCGUCUUGGAGAAUUUUACACCAUGCAUUGACUCACAGCUAUUUCGGUCGUUCUCAUGGCUCUGACGUGGUGUUCGAUUCUGAUAUGCUAUUUUUCUGGAGUCUGGAAGCACGCGUACCAGUCAAUCUGGCAACUUUUGUGGCUCGAUUCCUAUUUGCCCAAUCAACUUGCAACCACCAGUUUGUCUUGUGUGGACCAAUGGUUACUCUUUUGGCCCGGGGAUUAUGCAUGACAGUCCCCAAUGUUCUCCUAGAAGCCGCGAGCAUGUUCCGACCGUCGACAAGGUAUCUGACCCAGAUUGCUUAUAAUAAGGAAGACAAGGAGGCACGACCCAGAAAGCAGCAAACAAUUCCCAUGACCCUUCGCGAGCUUUCACAGGCUAUGUUUGCAUUCCAAGAUUCUAUAGACUCUCGCUAAAGGAGCAUGGAGACGCUCCUUCUCACGUAGCAAUGGCAAGUGGAGGAAAUACUUGAAUACACCCGGGAACAAGGAACAAAGAAGGCUGAGCAUG